AAGGAAAAUCCUAGGAAGAACUAGGUUGCACGGAAAGUGAAUGAAUGAAUGAAUGAAGAAAAGAAAAAUGUAUAAAAGAGUCGAGGUCGCAGCCUCCCACUCCGUACUCCAAUUCGUCUCGAUUCUUCUCCCGCAUAUCCCCGAGAUCCCUCUUUAUUUUAUCCAUCUGACGCUGACCAAGCCCAGCGAAAGUUGCCGCGAAGUUGCGCCCCCAUUGCUGUUCUUGCCUGCUCCAGGCCAAUUUCUCCGUGAUUGGCCUCCUUGCUCAUUCGUCCAGGCUCCCCCGAGCUCGCCUCCUGGGCCGUAAAGAUCCGCGGGAUCCUGUGUGGGUGAAUCAAGGUUGAAGACUAACAGCUUGCUAGAUUAAGCCUUUCAUGGGUGAAGAGGCACCAGAGUUUGUUAAUGGGGAAAUUAUCUUGGAAGGCGAGGAUUUCAGGACAGCCACAACUGUUGGUCAUAAGACUUAUCUGAUCAGCAGAUCGGAUGAUGAGUCCAAGUCAACGGUUAGCAUUAGAAUUUUGGAUAAAUCAAAUAAAACCUGGGCUGUGCCCACAGUACUCGGCACCCAACCAAUUCAUUUUGAGGCACACACUGCUAUUCUGGUUAAUGAGAAUAUGAUACUAGUAAUUGUCAGCAAAGGUGCCCCGUUAGUUGACUCAAUCUGGUUUCUUGAGGUCAACACCUCCUUUGUUAAGCAGCAAAGCAAGAUAACAGGUACAGAAGUUGUUGCCUGGAGCAAGGGAGUGCUAGGCAAGGGUCAAAAGCCAGUUGUGAUUAGCGGGCCUUCUGGUGUUGGUAAAGGUACAUUAAUCGCUAAACUAAUGCAAGAUUCCCCAUCAAGAUUUGGAUUUUCUGUUAGCCACACCACAAGGGCCCCAAGAGAAAAGGAAAUAGAUGGAACCCACUACCACUUCGCGGAGCGAAGCAAGAUGGAAAAAGAGAUAAACGAUGGAAAAUUUCUUGAGUUUGCUCAUGUUCAUGGAAAUCUAUAUGGGACCAGUAUUGAAGCAGUUGAAGCUGUUACAGAUGAGGGGAAGAGGUGUAUUCUUGACAUUGACGUCCAAGGGGCUCGUUCUGUGAGGGCUUCUUCUCUCGAAGCACUAUUCAUCUUUGUAUGCCCUCCGUCAUUUGAGGAACUAGAGAAGCGCCUUCGGGCACGGGGAACAGAAACUGAAGAACAAAUCCAGAAACGACUGAGAAAUGCCAGGGAAGAGCUUGAUCAGUCCAACACACCUGGUCUUUUCGAUCAUUUUUUGGUGAAUGGUGACCUUGAAACGUGCUAUGAGAACUUGAAGAGGUUAGUUCCUUUGGAUGAUGGAAGUGCUGUUUCAGACGAUUACUACUCAACCAUGGAUAGCAAAGCCACGCCAUCUUAUACAGUUCUAUCCAAACAAGAUUCAGAAGUUUUGUUGCAACUUGAGAUUCGUGAAGUAGAAAAAGGAAUUGCAAGCAUGCUUGCACUUGACCUGUCAUCCCUUUCGGGCGGUGCUCCUGGAUGUACACGGGGCCUCAAGGUAAAGUCUGUCAACAAAGACUGACUGGGUCAAUUCCUCGAGAGGUGCUACGAAGGAUACUCCAGCAUACCCACAGCUAAAUUUUCGGCUCGAUUUGUGCGAGGUGACAGUUUCGAUCAUAGUUAGACAAAAACAUGGAAAUAUAGUUUCAUUUGUUCGUUUGCAAGAAUUCACAUAGUUCCAUUUGUUGUUUGCUCACUGGAGCUUCCAGUUCCUUUGUUCUUUGUACCAUAAUCAGUCGGAUCGAGACAGGUGCUCGUCGUUAAGAAACUUAUGUGGAGAAAAUAAUGUGAAUUUGCGGGUGUAUUUGUGCCUAGCUAAUAACCUUCUUUGCCCCAUGGAUAAGUCAUUCAGUCUGAUUUUUUUAGUAGUUUGCUACUGGGAAAUAUGGAUGCUACACAUGUGAUGUGGAGCACUGUCAGAAACAAAUCCUACCCAUCCAUGAGUCAUGCUUGCUACACAUGGGGUAUUGAUUCCCUUGGAUGUGUUUCCUAAACAAAUCAAUAGUACUUCUCUUGGAGUAGAUGGAGAUUUCAUCAUGGUAAGAUGCUAAAAUGAAUAAUGAAACUGCAACCUUGGUAGAUGAGUGGACACAUUCAUUGUCUGUAUAUCUGAAUAUUUGAAGUAUCCUCUAUAAUCUCACAAAUUGUUGCCCUCUUCAUAAUGUAGGAUCACAUCACCUAGAAAUAGAAUUCCCUGGGCACUUCAUGGUUGAUUCAGGGUUGCAAUGAUUGGGGAUACCAGCAAGUGGGGAGCUUGAUAAUUCAGCGCUGAAAACCACACCUAAAAUACACUUGUCUUCCUGUCAGAAUAAUUGGAUCCCUAGAGGUUUCUGCGACAACCAUACAUUAUACAUACACCAACAAAACUGAAAUGCGAUAGACUAGAAUAAAUCACACACGUCAACACGUCUUAUCAAACAAGGCCCAAAUCCAGCCGCCUCCAAGGAAAAAAGAUCUUCUAAAAAGUAGAUAUACAAAUGUUUUUCUGCAAAAUAGAAAAAUCUCCCCUAAUCAUUUCACCACCUGUCACACGUCACAUAGUUACCAGCUAAAUAAAUAAACACUUGAUGAAAGUACUUAAUUUCCACGUGGCGCGAGCCCAUUGGCUAUGGUGUCCCGACCAACCCAUUAUUCUCUCGCCGUCACUCUCUAUAAAACACCAACCAAACAAAAAAUAAACUGGAAAAAAAUAAAUAAAAAGGGUGGCAAUAAGCCAAUAACGCAAGCACCUCUCGCCGACCUCCCUCCCACCCCCAGAUGCCGGCCACGGCGACCGGCGGCGCGCGGG